GAUUGCAAGUAGAAGCCUAUUAAGAUGGAACAAUAAAGGAGGCGGAGGUCGCCAACGGAAACGAGACAGACAAAGGGCCUCAUUAGCUUUUUUCGUCCCUUCUUUUUAGUCUUAGCACGUGCGUCAUGCGUAUAACUUUCACUGUCAGUUGACACUGGGUUUCUAGUAUCAAGGUUGCUUCGGAAUAAACCACCUCAAACCAGCCUGUUGGAAGUAACAUCAGUUUAAUCGCGAAGGUAUUGUACAGAAAGCACGAUGGAUAGAUCAAAGCAACCCGUACAAGUUUCUUCACAGAUCAGCAAACUCCGGAAGGUGGUGGAACAACUUCGCAAAGAGGCCAACAUCGACCGCGCCAAAGUAUCUGAAUCGGGGUGGUUCCUUGCGGAUUACUGUGACAUGUGCUAUCAUAAAGACCCGCUGCUUCCUGGGGUCAUGACCUAUAACCCCUACAAGGAGAAGAGGUCAUGUGAAAUCGUCUGAGAAAAAAACUUAAAAGAGUUUCCGUCCACAUCUAUACAAGCACAACAAUGAAUCCUGAAUUAAAUUAAGCCUUUCGAUGUUAAUUGAAAUAAUGGUGUCUUUUUAGUGGACGGAACAUAUAGAGGCGUUUAUUGUAGUGAUCGCUUACCAAAUAAGAAUUGACAAAGAUGCUAUUGGUAAACCCAUUUUAUUAAUAUUGUGUAUGACUGUCUGUAAAUCUGAGAAAAUAAAAAGUUGUUUUAUACCUUGUUGAAAUGGAAUUAAUACAUCGGAUUUGAGAAAUAUAUAUCAGAACUAUGACAUGCAUCAAUUUGUGCCGAGUAAUUCCCGUGCCUUUCUUCACACACUUGACAUUUGGAAAUUAUCGGCAACAUAGCAGACUGAAAUUUCUUUCAACUGCUAAAAGCUUUCAUUCAGCUAGGUUCUGUGUUGUGUAUUUGCUUGAUUCUGCCAUUAUUCUCGGGCAUGGAAAUAAAAUCUUGCAAUGCGAUAGCCUCUUAAGUUGAACAUUUCUGUUCAUGGUAGUAAAGGAAUCCAGCCCGUUGCCACAGCAACGGAUUUACUGCAGAUUUAAUUUCUAUGUACAAUUUUUAAAUUGGGGCAAAUAAAAACGUAAAUCACACAAAAUGAAAGUCGAAAUGAACAGCAAUUUUUUUUCUUCAAAUACUGUUUGUUGCACUUCUUUAAUAAAUUCUAUACAAAGAAAUAGAACA